GCUCGGCCAGGGUAGAUAAAUCCCUGCUUUCCCAGACCCUUCAAACAACAUCCAUUCAUUCCUGUCCAGAGUCCAGAGCGUUUGUCACGAGACUCGAGCGUUAUCCUGCAGUCAUGCGUCUGGUGCUGUGUGUCGUCGCCGUUCUGUUCGGGUGUCCUCUCGGAGAGAUGUUUGUUCUGCAUCCUUCACCUGAGGCAUCUGCUGUCAAAGCCAACAGAUGCAAGGGAGAACUGGAAAUCAGGAAAAUCCUUCUGGAAUCUCUAAACCUCCAGCAGGAGCCUCGUGUGUCCAUUUCGAAGAUGCAUCAUUUACGUGAGCAGUGGAAAGCCAGUCUCAGAAGCAGCCUCACAUCAGCACCAGCAGGUAACUCAACAUUUCCCGAGGACUCCAGAAACUCCAGUUGCUGCAAACAAUCCUGUCAGGUCUUCAUUAAAGAUCUGGGCUGGGAGCGCUGGGUGGUUUAUCCAGAGAGCAUCACCUUCGUCCAGUGCCGAUCCUGCGGUUCUGAGAGCACAGACGUAUCUGCGCAGUGCUGCAAGCCGACUGCUCACGACAUCGUCCCGUUCGUCUACAUGGACGACUGGAGCAGUUUGGUUCUGUCCUCGGUGAGUCUGAUCCGCGAGUGCGGCUGCGACCCUGGAGAGGAAACACAGGACCCCGAGGUCAUGACCCCAUCCUAGAAAGCCUUCCUGACCCGCAGGUCACGUAACAGAACCACAGAAACGCAAUAGAGAAGCACAGCUUUUUGGAUUCGUAGGUUUAUAGCUAAGCAAACUUAUUUAGCAUCUUUUGACUUUUGCUGCUGUUGGGAGUCAGACUCUUGUGGGCUGUAAGAGUGGACUUAUAAAAAGUUCUCAGAAGAGGCAAAAAAGUUCUCAAUCUAAGCAUGUUAUUUGACUUUCACAGAAAUGCACAAUGGACCUUCUGUUAUAAAUCAGUUCAAGGCCAAAUCUGUUUUUAACUUCAGGCUUUUAUGGGGCUGCGGCUGCAGUGGCCAGCGAAUGUUCCCUGAGAAAAUGCUGUCGAGCAGCUCUGCCAAAAUUUUCCCUGUGUGAAUCUGAGGACCAAACAAAGUGUUACAUCCAAAAUGACCUUCCUUUAAAUCAAAUUCUAAUUUCAGUUAUUCCUCUAAUGUGGUGUCAGGCGUGAUCGUUAGCACUAACGUGAUCUGUGUGUUGAGAAAUGCCCGGUCUUGUUGAAGAAUCAAACGCACAUUCCAGCAAGAACAUUUCGACUGUUUGUUUGCAAAAACCAUCUGGCCAUAAAUCACCAUAAUUUCAACCCAGUAUCAUAUAUAAUUGAAUCGACUUCCAAACUAACACUAACACUUUCCCAUGCAUGUUUAGCUAAUAUUAAACAAGAUUUACACUUUACAUCAAAUGUAUGAGCAGAAUGUUUUAUUAAAGAAAGCUUUCAUGGCAUAAAGAUGUGAUGUCCUUACUUCACUUCAGAAAAGAUCUGUCCAACAUUUGUUUCUCUUUGUGUGUGUGUAUUUCUGGCAGCUUCUGUGUGUAACAAAACAAAUGCUGAAAAGAUUUAUCAGAAUGAACUUCUCUUGUGCUCAUUUUUCAGUGGUUAGUAAUGAUUGCGGCUGCAGUUUACUUGCAGUGCAUUUCUGAAAUGAGUGGCUUAUUUUUGGGAGUUUAUUGGCACACACUGUUUGAAACUGUGUGUGUGUGUGUGUGUGUGUGUGUGUGUGUGUGUGUGUGUGUGUGUGUGUGUGUGUGUGUGUGUGGCUGUUGCGCACUCAGUAAAAGAGUCCAUAGCUUCGACAGCUCUCUGUUCCUCCUGGCUUCAGACAGACUCCACAGACCUGCGGCCGUCUGACCUUCAACACUAAAGAGAGAAGACAAGCAAACAAACACAGGAACAACACAUCCUUUCCUGAAACACCAUGGCCUGUGUGGGAUCUUCCUGGCUGUGCUGGGGAGCACUGCUUUCUCUCAUAUUCUGUGAGUUUGCUCAGGAGAACAGCUGGGAGUGUUUGGACAAGGACGAGAUUGUUACUGAAAUGUCCAAGGACGCUGAGAUGCCGUCUGAGUGUGUGUUGAGCUGUACAGCGCUCUCUUACAGACAGAUCGCAGACAGACAGCAGAAACUCAUGGUCCGCUUCAAAGACUCGCAGCCCGGUGAGUUGGGGGACUUCUGCUGGUUUAUUCACAGGAGAUGCAGCACAUGGGAUGAAAUUUUUGUUUUACUGUCAGUCAAUGAAUCCGUUCCGAAUGGAGAAUCGAUUCAAAUUCAAACCAACUCUCUGACUCACCUGAUCUCUGUUCAGUCCCAUGACUCUCCGUCCAUCAUCCCUGAUGACUGCGGCCUUCGCUUCGACGUCACGCCGCACCUGACACACCUGAGACACCUGACACACCUGCCGCUCUGUGUCCGGCUGACAGGCAUCAUGGGAAACCGCUUACAGUGCCCACCGUUUCUGGUCAUGAUGAGGAAUAAAACGAGUCUGACCAACUCCUGAAUGAAUCUAUAAACAUGAUAAGGCACAAUGGUAAAGAUUCAGACAGAUAAUCUCUAAGAGGCUAGUGGGGAGGCAUUUAGGAUGUUGCAUUUCAAUUUCAAUUUGUUUGAAUGAAUGUUUCAGUUAUAUGUGAAUUUCCAGUUUAAUAUGCUUUAAAUUUGAAGUAUACAUUUUAUUUUAGUUUGCCUUUGUAGCCUUUCUGUUUUAUUAAGCAUUUUAUAUUCAGUAAAUUGAUAAAAUCAUUAGAAUGUUGUCCUGUUUAUUUACCAUCCUACAUAUAUAUAUAUAAUUUUUUUUUUUAAUAAAAAUCUGGAUGCUAA